CCUCUCUCUCUCUCUAGCUUUACCACUCACCACCACAUAUGGAGGGAGGGGUUUUGGCAUCUUCAGCUGCAGCAAAGAGCGUAGGGUUUCUGCCGAUCGUCGAUUCACCGACACUGAUCAACGGCUGAUUCGAUCGCUAUCCUUUAAACUCUUUACCCUUCUCGCAACCAUUCAGUCAAUCGCGUCGGAAACAAACUCCAGUGAUAAUUUUGAAUGGGUUUCGAAGAUGAUGGAGCAGAAGUGGAUGUUGAUUCCGAAGAGGAAGAAUCUGAUGACAUGCUAGAAAAUUCCCCCGAAAGGCCUGAUAUUGGUGACGAGGAGGAGGAGGAGGAGGAGGAGGAAGAAGAUGACGAUGAAAUGAUACAUAAUUCUCUCCGACGGCAUCAUAUGGGCGACAACACUGGUGACAUGAUAGAUAAUUUGGUUCGCAGACAUCACGUGGUCGAUGACGAUGGUGAUAUGUUAGAGAAUUUGGAAGAAAGGCCCAACAUGAGUGAGGAUGGCGAUGAGCUGAUUAGAAAUCUGGUCGGGAGGUCUCAUGUGGGUGAUGAUGGAGAAAUGGUGGAAAAUUCAGUUGGAAGAGAGUUAACUUCAUUUGGCGAGAAUCAAGAACCAUUUGCAGGUAUGGAGUUUGCCUCUGAAGAGGCUGCUAAGAUGUUCUAUAACUCGUAUGCCAGACGCAUGGGAUUCAGCAUCCGUGUCAGUAUCUACUGUAAGUCAAAGCGCGAUGGGUCAAUUAUAUCUCGGCGGUUUGUGUGUUCUAAAGAGGGGUUCCGGCGGAAGAGGAAUGUGAAUAAUGAAAGCAGAAACAAGCGGCCGAGGGCGAUCACGAGGGAAGGUUGCAAGGCAAUGAUUGUGGUGAAGAAGCAGAACAACGGGAGAUGGGUUCUCUCAAAAUUUAUAAAGGACCAUAGCCAUCAACUGGAGCCUCCAGGAAAAGUGCACUCCCUUCGAUCACAUAGGGGCGACAAGGAUAAGACAAUUCGGGAACUAACCCAUGAGCUGGAGCGUGUGAAUCGCAAGUGCGCUGGGUACCGUUCCCAUUUGCUUAUGGUUCUGAAAGAAAUAGAAGAACAUCUAUCGAAGAGAGUUGAAGACAUAAGGCAGAGUAUAAGAGAAAUAGAAUCCGAAGAGGAAGAGCCUCCACGGCUUAAACAGCCUUGAGCUUUUACUAGAAUGGCAUCAGGUCUUUUUUGGUAAAAAGAGUGUGCUUGCAUUAACUGUGUCAAACCCAAGUGAAAGGUGCUCUGGAUUUUGAUAGAGGUGAGGAAUAGCAAGUACGGAUGGAUGAUAAGUAAUGGUGCCGUCCAGUCCGGUUGUGGGUUGGUUUGUGUUUUUGGCCGAUGCCGAUUAGGAUUGUUAGAGUUUGGGGUUUGGAAUUGGGUCGGUUUUGUAAAUCAAGUAUCUAUUUUUGUAUGAAGUCAGCUCUUAUACCAAAUGAAAGUUGUAGUUUGCAAACCUAA